CUUCUUCCCCCAAGCCCCCAACAACAGUGGCUCCUUUAAGGGUUUCAGGGUUUAGGAUCGCGCCGUACUGCAAAAUGGCAACCCCAAACGAACGUCGGGAUAUUGUUAUCGUUGGUGGUGGUAUCAUCGGAUGUUGCUCAGCGUAUUAUUUGACAAGACAUCCUUCUUUUGAUCCUUCCCGACACUCAGUGACCCUCAUAGAAGCAACAGAGAUUGCAGGAGGGGCUUCGGGCAAAGCAGGCGGUCUUUUAGCAUUAUGGGCAUACCCAAGCAACAUUGUACCAUUGAGCUACAAAUUGCACGCGGAGCUUGCUAGGGAGCACAAUGGAAAGGAAAAAUGGGGAUAUAGAGAGGUGAACUGUGGCCAGCUUAUCGCCAGAGGUCGCCCGCUCAGUGAGAAGAGAAAGGUGGGCGAGGGUGAGGGUGUGAGCUCAGUAUCCUUACAAAAACGGAGUGCAGCUGCACUGAGUAAAUUGAAAACCGCAAGGGUACCCGGUGAUCUUGACUGGCUUGAACCAGAGGGUGUUAGAGGCUACGAAAGCAUGAGUGAUCCGGGGGAGACCGCGCAAGUCCACCCAUACCUCUUCACUACGUCCAUCGCAAAGCUCGCUGAGGAGAAAGGCGCAGAGAUUACGCUUGGGUCCGUCACAAACAUCGAUUACUCUGGGGAUUCCGUCAAGUCAGUCACAUACACGAGGAAGGAGAACGGCGAAUCACAGACAAUCCCUGCAACUGAUGUUGUUAUCGCUGCCGGCCCGUGGACGAGAUCGGUUUUGCCGGAUGCCCCGAUAUCAGCAACGCGUGCUCAUAGUGUCGUGAUCCGGCCUACAAGGGCAGUCAGUGGAUAUACCCUUUUCACGAAUAUAGAGAUACCGGCCAAUUUCGACCCGUCGAAGUCCUCACGUCCGACGGUCGCCUCACCAGAAAUCUAUGCUCGCCCUGACGACACAGUCUAUUGUUGUGGAGAGGGUGAUCAUACUGUUCCCCUUCCGAAGACAACUGCAGACGUCGAGGUAGACCAAGAGCGGUGCCAGGAUAUCAUCAACCAGGUGGGCAGCGUCUCUGAUGAGCUACGUGAUGGACAAGUCUGUGCGCGUCAAGCCUGCUACCUACCUAAUGUAACUGCUGCACGUGGUGGGCCAUUGGUAGGCCAUGCUGGAACCAAGGGACUAUACCUUGCGGCUGGGCACACUUGCUGGGGCAUCCAGAAUGCACCAGGCACAGGAAAGCUUAUCAGCGAGUUUGUGUUCGAUGGCGCAGCCAAGAGUGCGAAGAUCGGAUCGCUUGAUCCGAGGAACUAUCUCUAGAUUAAAGGAUUGUAUAGAAUAUCUCAGUUAAAAUAUUCCCUUGUAGAGGGUUUUGUCUGUGA